CUGACCAACAUCGCCCACAAAGAUGAGGUGGAGUGGAGGGCUCACUAUUUCAAAUCGUUUGUCAUGAGACCCCGGCCCAACAAUGAGGAGCAUUUCAAGGCUUUGAUAAAACAUGUCAGUGCCAAGAGAGAGGUCAGUGCAGAUCUGUUGCAUAAAACUUGAAGUAGAAGCACAAGAGAUAUAUGCUAAUUCGGUCAUAGUAAAAAUAGUUUUGAAUUAAAUGCAAUUUAUGGUGUGACGAUUAAAAAAUCGACUUAAAAAAUUAACUGCAAUACUUAUUUUGUAUUUAGGUUCAUUAUUUGAAAAAAAGCAACUAUAUAUUAUAUAAAACAAAAAGGGAAGUAAGCUCUCUCUCCCCCUCUCCAUCCCUCCCUCCCUUCCUGAGAAAUUCUAGUCAUCUAGUGCGUUACUAACCUAGAGCUGCUAGUGAACUAAGAAGGCUUAUUCACCACGCGAGUUACAUGAAUAGUAAUGAUUUGAUCUGCAGAUGCUUUAUUAUUUACCCCAACUCUAAAUUUAGUUAAAGAUAGCAAAGGUUGUGUAUCUCAAUACUGGAGAUCAAUUUGUUCUCAGAUGCCGACUGUCAAGUUACCAAAUGGCGUCUUCUUGUUUCUCAUGCCAAACUGCCUGCUGGCAUCACAACUAGGUAAGCAGCUGCUCAUAGAAUAAUGGAAAUACUUAUUACAAAUACUCAGUGGCUUUUGUAUCUAAAGUUAAUGAUGUUCUAGUCUAGCCUAGGGAGAAAUGUUUUGUUUAGCCACAUUCCCUGUUUAAUUGAGAUGGAAGAAAUUGAUGAAAAAAUUAAUAAAAACAAGAAAAAACAAAUUGAACUGUUGAAAUUCCAAAAGUCAUACGUCCAUUUAAUCUAAAAAUGUUCCAUAAGAUUUAAAACUACAUGAUAUUAAAAAAAAUUGUCUAAUACAGGUCUGGUGAGAAGAGAUGACGACUCACCUGUCUUACAUUGUGUUCUCAUGUCAAAUUUUUCAACAAAUGAAGCUCAG